AUGCACGAAUUGGCGCUCACCCAGCACGUCACCAAUCCCACCAGACGGCAACUGGGUAAAUCGUCGAGCACCUUGGCUCUUGUGGUUACCAAAAGCAGGAGUGACAUCGGGAACACUGCUAUGGGUGCACCGCUAGGCGGAAGUGACCACACUAGUAUCCGGUUCCAGCAUGGCUGUGCUCUUUCCCCAUCUCAAGGUAAAUUGCGCCGACGUUACGGAGGCAUGAGUACAGAAUGUCCAGUGUCCAGUUUACAGGCGGAGAGAGCUCGUUGGCUUGUGGCUCUGCCUGUUUCUUGA